AUGAUCAGGCUGUUACACAAGCUCUGGAAUACAGGCUAUCUAACACAAAUACCCAGAGACAGCUGUCCAGUGGGGUGUCCAUGCACGACUCUUGCAUUUCGAGAUCUUGGUCGAAGGGCUGAUACAAGAACAACAGGAUUUUUCUUAAUGGUCUGGAGCGUUCAAGCUCCUCCUCACCACGCAAAGUCCAUACACAGCUUCUUUUCCUCAACAAUCAUGAAGGUCUGGUCACUCGUCGUUACAAUCCUCUACUCUUCCCUUCGAGCUGAUGCAGCUGUCCUGGACGAUCGAUACGGCUCUGCGGUAGCCACUGAACAGCUCCAAAGCUCAAGGGAUACGACUUUGGGAGAGCACAGCCUGGAAGACUGUACUUUUCAAGCCUUCUCCGGCGACUGGUGCGACGGCGAUGCGGGUCCACUCGAGGCCGUAUCCGGCGACUCUUCCUGUUUCGUGGCUACUGAUCGCCACUCCUACAGAAUCGGGACGGGCUGUCCAAGGUUGUGGUACAACUACUACGAAGGAGAGGACUGCGUCCCGGCUGCCUAUGCUGGCUAUAACCAUGGAGCUGGUGACCUACCUGGAGGCUGCAUCAAUGUCAACACAAGAAGAUCUUGGCGCUCUACGAAGGUGGCGAAUUAG